CAGUUCAGUAAUUGACCUGCAUUCACUUUUCGUGUUUCUCUCUCUUAACUGGAAAAUGAAAAGAAGAGAGGGUUUUAUCUCCGAAAGAAUAAGAACCAGAUUGUAACGGGGUAGAAUGCCGCAUUCCCCGCAAAAUCCUUCUCAAAAUUCCCAAGUUCAAUUAUUAAAAAUCCUUUGUUCUCCUGAUCCAAGGUCAUCCCUCCUCCACUGCUCUCUUUCUUCAUCUAUACUCAAACGCUCGCGGGAAUAUUACCUACAUUGCUGUGCACAGACCAAAACGUCUUCGUUUUCGCUUGCACCAAAUCCGGGAAAUUUAUGACUCACAGUCACAGGCUACUGAAUGCGAUAGUUUUUGAUCGACGAAUUGAGGAAUUGAAGCUGGGACGAGUUGAUAUCGGUAGCAGUUACCUGUUAGUCUAAAUUUUGAAGCUGGAUUCGAUUUAGCGGGUGUUUGUGGUUUAUUGUUAUUUUCGGAAGUGUGUUUUGACUUUCAACGACGGAAAUUCAUUUGGGUUGGAAAUUUUAGUUAACUUCAUACAGAUUUUCAAAUUCCAUGUUUCGCAAUUCCUCGUAGAACAUACCUGAUUUGGAAAGCCAUGACUUUGGAUUCACCAAAGGUUCCUGGAUUGGCCGCAUUACCGCGGUCGCUUUCUUCCAUGGCAGUCUCAGUGGGAGGCCUUGCCGUUUUCUUGGUUCUUGCUUCUUUGCUCCUGGUGUCUUACCCCAUAGGUUCCACCGUCCAUGAGUAUUUUUAUGGCAUUAAUAACUCAAAAUUGGUUUCCCCUGUCAUUUCUGGUAACGAAACCAACAGUGAUCAUAGACUGGAUAGUAAUGCAGAUUUGAUUAAUAGGACUUCCCAAUCUGGAUCUAGUUUAGAAGAACCCAUUAGUUCUAGUGGUGUUAAUGAUACUGUAGAUGUCAUUGAUGAGAAGUCUUUGCAACCGGAUCCUAAUCAACAAGUUACAACUGCUGAUGCGAGACAAGAAGAAGGAACCCAGGAAAAGGGCAGUUCAGUUUCUGUGUCUGAUAAUGCCGGUAGGGCAAUAGAGGAUACGGGCCCUGCUACUUCUGUUCCAGAUUCCAACUCAGAGCCUCAGUCAGUUACAUCUGCUGCCAGCAAUGCAACCCAGAUCCAUUCAGCUGAUUCAGGUUGUGACCUGUAUCAUGGAAGUUGGUUCUUUGAUUCGGUGGGGCCACUAUAUACAAACAACACAUGUCCUGUCCUGACACAGAUGCAGAACUGCCAGGGGAAUGGAAGACCUGACAAGGAGUACGAAAAUUGGCGUUGGAAACCCACUCAGUGUGAACUUCCGCGAUUUGAGGCAAAGAAAUUUUUGGAAUUGAUGAGAGGGAAGACCUUAGCUUUCAUUGGCGACUCUGUUGCUCGAAACCAGAUGGAAUCAAUGCUGUGCCUUCUGUGGCAGGUAGAAGUUCCAAAAAACCGGGGGAACAGAAGAAUGCAACGAUAUUUUUUCAGGUCAACCUCAACUAUGAUUGUCCGUAUAUGGUCCUCUUGGCUUGUUCACAAAACAUCAGAAGCUUUUGAUUUUGCUCCAGAAGGUAUAGUCAAGCUCCACCUGGAUGCUCCUGAUGAGGAUUUCAUGGAAUACAUCCCAGGUUUUGAUGUGAUUGUUCUUUCUUCUGGCCAUUGGUUUGCCAAGCAAUCUGUCUAUGUCUUGAAAAAUGAGAUUGUGGGAGGGCAGCUGUGGUGGCCAGACAAGUCUCGUCCAAUGAAGAUCAAUAAUAUUGAAGCAUUUGGGAUAUCUACAGAGACAAUUCUCAGCUCCAUUGUUACCCAUCCAAAUUUCACUGGGUUAGCCAUUGUGCGUUCCUAUUCACCUGAUCAUUAUGAAGGUGGGGCCUGGAACACUGGGGGAUCAUGCACUGGAAAGGUAAAACCUCUUGCACCAGGAGAAUUGGUGGAAAAUGGAUUUACAGAAAUAAUGCACAAAAAACAGGUAACAGGUUUUGAAUGUGCAAUUAAGAAGAUGACAAAUAAAUCAAAGUUGAGGUUGAUGGAUAUCACUGAAGCCUUUGGUUAUCGCCAUGAUGGGCAUCCUGGUCCAUACAGAAGCCCUGACCCAAAUAAAAUUACAAAACGUGGACCAGAUGGAAGUCCCCCACCACAGGAUUGCUUACACUGGUGCAUGCCAGGUCCUGUCGAUACCUGGAAUGAACUUGUGCUUGAGCUAAUAAGGAGAGAGUAUGAGGGCAACCAAAGCACUUUGUCAUGAGAUUGUUGCUUUUCUGUUGCCAGACAGGCUGUAUACUUGUGGUUCUGUAACUGGUAAGGUAACUUGUGCAGUGAGAUUCAAUUCAUUAUAGUGUAAGGGACAAGCUUAGUCGUUUAUAUGUUUUCAAAUUCUUUUAGAAUGAGAGAUCACUUGUACCGGAUUGGAGAUUCAUCAGAAUAUGGUGUAUUAGAAAUUUAUAGGGCACCCAUUUUGAAUUUGGGAUGAAAAUAGAUAUUUACUUGUAGAGAAAAUUGAGAGCUAUUUGUUCAAUAGUGCUGUUACACGGUGCAGAAUAACUAAAAGCUUUCUUGAGUUCUGAGUUUUCCCUA